GUAUCGCACAGCACUGUUCAAAUUUCGUUAUGCGGCAGACCAUGCACGAAAUCGAGUGCGAAAAGCAAGGAGGAGACGAGAGCAAAAGGACAGGAAAGUUGACAGAAACAUUCUAGCUUCUAGUAAUAGCACGAGGAUGAAGCCGGAUGAACCUGUUGUAGUAGGUGAUGAACUAGCUGAUGUUGAUCUUGCCUCCGGUUCCGGCAUGCUUUUAUCUUCUGUUAGCACUGAAGCCGCAAGUCGCAUUAUACAGAAGCGGUCCGAAACAAGAUCGAAAUUCGCUGAUCUGAUGAAAGCUCGUCAUUUUCGGGUUGUAGCGCAGCUGUAUGAGGCAUUAAUGGUUGAUGAUACGGAGAAGAACCAGAAGCAGAACAGAAAGGAGAGAGUGAAGACC